CUUCAGAACAUUCUAAACUAACGCUCACGUCAUGUUGUACUGAUCAAACGGAAAGCCUUUUCUGAACGCGUUUUAACCCUCGAGCUCUCAAUCGCUCUUCCGUGCACACAUUUGGGCAUGACGGUCUCAGGUUUGCUGAGGUGAAGCUGCGAUGUCUGCGUUAAAGAGUCUGGUGCCUGCGCGCUUCCUCACGCUCGUCGCUCACCUGGUCAUCGUCAUCACCAUCUUCUGGUCGCGGGACAAUAACAUCAAGUCAUGUCUGCCACUGGAAUUCACUGAAGAACAGUUCAAAACAGAAGAUACAAGGCUGCUCGUGGCUCUGUCUGUGACUCUGGGUCUGUUUGUGAUUGAACUGGCUGGGUUUCUCUCUGGAGUCUCCAUGUUCAACAGUAACCAGGCCGUGCUGUCUCUGCUCUCUCACUCCGGCGCCUGCGUCAGUCUGUCCUGCUUUGUUUUCCAGCAGUGGCCCUGCUGGACCUACUGGAUCAUGUUCAGCCUCUGCAGUGUGAUUCCAGCUCUCUUCGAGUUCAUUCUGCUCAUUUCACUGAAGUCAGUGUGAGCGGUUCUUCAGUCGAGGACUUGAGGACAUGAAGACCCCGCUGAAGAAAAACACUGAUUUCAGACAUUCAGCUGGAGAAAUGUAGAGAUCUCUCUUUUCUGUGUGUGUUUUUUUAAAUAAAAGAAUUAAACAUGAAAUUUCAAUGAAUUUGCAAGUCUGUGUUGUAUCAGUCUAAAGUGUGUAUUUUUAUGGACUUUUAUACAAGGGAUUUUAUGCAAAGCAGUUGUACACGUUUAUGAA